AUGGCCCCAACCCUCAGCAUCUCGCCCGUCAAAACUGAGGCCGAUUGGCGCCGCGGGGCUCAGCUCAUCAUCAAAUCCUUCGGCGAUUUGCCCAUCGCACCAAGCAUGUUUGGCAACGAUACGCCUGAAGACAUUGAACGGCUGGCUAAACAGCACCAGAUCGGCCAGGAGGAGCACAUCAAGCAGUACCCAUCAGUACAGCCAGCCAUCAAGUGCUCGUAUACAGAGGCCGAUGGCACAGAGGUCAUGGUGGGGUUUGCCGAGUGGUUUAUCCACGACCGCGAGCGGACCGAGGAGGAAUACACGCGCGAGAACCACGUCCUUCGAUGCGAAUGGGUUGAAGAUCCGACCAAGCAGAAGGAAUGCGUGGACUUUAUGGGGGGAAUGGUCGCUGCGAGACAGCAGCUGUGGAAGGGACGGCCAUACGGACUGCUCAUGUUUAUGUGCGUGGACGAGGCGCAUCGUCGCAAGGGCGCGGCUACACAAUGCGUGCGAUGGGGCAUGGAGAGGUGUCAGGAGCUAGGUAUCCCUGCGUAUCUUGAAGCUACGGAGCAGGGUAUGAAGGCAUACAAGACUAUGGGAUGGGAAGUUGUGCAAGGUACGGAUAUGCUGUUUCCUGGAAUGGUAUGGUGGCCAGAGGGCGUAGAGAAGUGGGAUUUCAAGUCCUAG